AGUUCUUCAGCAGGUACCAGGGCCCUGUGGAUACGCUAUAAUGACUGACUAGAUGCAGACGAUACCAUUAUCUUAUCAUGAACUGGGUAUUAAUAUGAACCGAGUAUGAAUUGAAUGAACUUUUUUAGGCAAGAUUAUCUACAAAAUGCAAACCCAAUAUUAGGCUACACACUAAUAGGCAUUUUGAAAUGAAUUGCCCCGUAUAGAUAGGAUCUUUGACUUUGUGUUCUCUCACCACUGCUUUCAGGAAACGCUCACUUCCUUCUUUUGUAACCACAAGAUGUUUUCACAUUUUAGGGGCUGGUUGGAAAGCAGCCAAGUAUGGCUUAAAGAGGUGUCCCCACAGGCAGGGUGGGUUAAUGAGAAAACGAAAGGAAAUAACUGCUAUGAAGAGGUUAUUAACUUCAAACAAACACUUCGCCUAGCUGUAGCUACAGCAAGCUACAGUCAACAUUUGGACCGUGUCACGCCCCUUUUCCAUGGGACAAGAAUAAGUGGUUUAAUUUCAAUAAUUCAGAUAAGUAGCCUAAACAAGAUUCAGAAGAGGAAAAUAAACUGUGAAGACUUUUUCUGCCGCGCGCGACUUGGAUCUCCGUGCGCUUCUUGUCAUCUUGCGCUGAUGCGAUGGAGUUUUCAGAGCACAUAAAGACCGCGAACGUUGAAGAUGUCGUUCUGAGACGGCCGUUUCAUCCACCGAUGCAAGGAACGUUAUGUGUCACUGGCCACCACCUGCUCUUCUCUAACAGAGAUGGAGACAGCUCGCGGCUGGUCUUGUUACUUCUCAGAAACAUCGAUGCCAUAGAGAAAAGUGUGGAAAACCUGUUGGGCUAUUCCAGUCUCUUCUCUAGUACAGGCCAGAGUCAAAGGUUUGACAUAAGUGUGACACCUUGCGUGCCUUCCGGGUCCUCUGGAACAAUCACCCUCAAGUGUAAGGACCUGUGUGUUCUGCAGCUGGACAUUCCAGGCAUGGAGGAGUGCCUGAACAUUGCCCGUUCCAUUGAGUAUCUCUCUUCUCUGGACAUUGUGUCCGAUAUGUAUCCAUUCUUCUACAGACCGCUUAAACUCAGUCUGCAGGACCAGUGGGGCCUCUCAUCGCCUGAACAGAACUACGCUGAAAUGGAGGAGCUACAGGACAGGUGGAGACUGAGUCAUGUGAACAAGGACUACUCUGUGUGUCCCUCCUACCCCCCUGCUGUUAUUGUCCCUCACUCCAUAGACGAUGAGACAUUGGUGAAGGUGGCCAAGUUCAGACAAGGGGGCCGCUUCCCUGUCCUCUGUUAUUACCACAGGAAAAAUGGCAUGGUCAUCAUGCGCAGCAGCCAACCCCUGACAGGAGCCAAUAGGAAGCGCUGCAGAGAGGAUGAGCUCCUCCUCCAGGCGGUGAUUGACGGCUCUGGGCUGGGUUACAUCAUUGACACCCGGUCCAACCAACAGGCUCAGCAGGCCAGGAUGACAGGGGGCGGGUUUGAAUCUAAAUCUAGCUACAGUUGCUGGAAGAGACUGCACCGUCAACUGGAAAGGGGGAAGGUGCUCCAGGAGAGUCUGAUAAAGUUGGUGGAGGCUUGUGGGGAUCACUCCCACAGUGUGGAUCGCUGGCUCAGCAAGCUGGAGAACUCCAAAUGGCUCUCUCACGUCCACACUGCCCUGGCCACAGCAGGCCUACUGGCAGAGUGUGUGGAGAGGGAUGGCCACUCUGUUCUAGUCCAUGGCUCAGAGGGCACAGAUACCACCCUUCUGGUGAGCUCUUUGGCCCAGCUCAUCCUGGACCCCAACACACGCACACUGGCCGGCUUCCUGGGCCUCCUAGAGAGGGAGUGGCUACUGGCAGGUCACCCGUUCCAGCAGCGCUGUGCCCACUCAGCCUACUCCCACGCCCGUCUGAGGCUGGAGGCUCCAGUGUUCGUGCUGCUGCUGGACUGUGUGUGGCAGCUGGCACGACAGUUCCCUCUGGCCAUGGGCUUCUCUGAGCCUCUGCUGCUGCGGCUGGCCAUGGAGGUCUACGCCUCAGACUAUGGCACAUUCCUCUGCAACAGUGACCAGGAGAGGUGUGCUGCAGGGGUGAAGGAGAGAACCCACUGUCUGUUCCAGUUCCUCCUGAAGCCCAGUGAGAGGGAGCGUUACUCUAACCCCCUGUAUGAGCCCACUGAGCUGGCCAUCUGGCCCUCCGUUCAGCCACAGUCCCUGCAGCUCUGGAGAGGUCUGUUCCUGCGUUGGACCCAACAUGCUGUGCACCUAGAGAAAGCUCAGGAGGAGUUGCGGAACCUUGUCAUUGAGUGCCGUGGGGCAAGUUGAAAACACUGAUAAAUUGGGGUCGAAAAAUACAGUGACACACUGGACUGAUGGAACACACAGUGACACUCAUCCUGGUUGAUUGACUGUUGAGGAAGAGAACAAAUAAAAACUUUUUUUGUGAGAAAAUUAUGCUCCUAUGGACAUGAAUUAGAUAGGUAUUCAUCCAUCCCAAAGAAUAUCAAAUUGCAUUGCAUACUGUGAAAGUUCCUCACUGUUAAAUACUUUUCUCUCAUGGUGACAUGCAUAUAUUUUGUAUCUACCUUUUUUAUAGCGUUUUCACUGCAAGUCCAUAUUUCUUUUUUAUAAUGUAUUGUGUAUUUUUUUAUUUUUGACCUACAAACACUUUACAUGUUAG